GGAAGACCCUUGGGGCUUGGUUCCCUCCUUAUCUUGCUGGAUUUCAACCUUGAUUCUUCCACGCCUUUUGGGAACAGGGUGGUGCGGUGUCGCCAGGCGAUCUCGCUGCGAUUGGACACUCUUCCUGGCGUCGUACAUAUACGCGCAGGCAGAGCAGAUUCUCCAAGACUUCUCUCAAAGCUCGCCCUUUCUCUAGGACUCUGGCUUCCAAUCCCUUCACUAUGGCAGCUACGACUUUCCUGGCCCAAAGGGCUGGAGCAUUAAUUGUUGUACUGAUCAGUACAGCUAUGGUGUCUGCCCAAACUGAUAGUAGCUGGGUUCUCAGCUCCAAGUUUCUUUCCGUAAGUGCUUUCCAUGCUACGGGAAUGCUGCCAUCCCUUCCGUAAUGUUGUUCUUUCUGACUCUGUUCCACAAUUCAGAACUGCUCGGCAUUCUAUGAUGACAACGUCCUCCAAAGAAGCGACUUUGGAGAAGGCUUCAUCUUUGGCGUAGCGACAAGCGCCACUCAGGUCGAGGGAGCGCCGCUGGAGGGAGGUCGAGGGCCCAGCAUUUGGGACGUGUUCGCUGCAGUUCCGGGAAAUAUCGCGGAUUCUUCGCUACCCAACGUUACAACCGAUCAAUACCACAAAUACCUGGAGGACAUUAAUAUAAUGAAAGAACUGGGCGUCACGUCCUACCGCUUAUCGCUCUCGUGGUCCAGGAUCUUGCCAGGAGGCAUCGGUGAGGUCAAUGAGGAAGGUGUGAACCAUUACAAAGCUGUUAUUGCGGCACUCAAGGCAGCAGGCAUUGAGCCGGCAGUGACUCUGUACCACUGGGACCUGCCCGAGUAUCUUCACGUGAACUGGGGUGGUUGGCUAAAUGCUUCUAUAGUGUAAGAUUUUUUUUCAGAUGCAUCGCAGGCAUUCAAAAGAUUGGUUUUGCUUCAUGUGAGCAAUGAGCAGCGAGGCGUUCACAAACUAUGCGGAAGUUUGCUUUGAGGCGUUUGGUGAUGACGUCAAGACGUGGGUCACUUUCAACGAACCCAUGGAAACUUCGAUUCAGGGGUAUGGGACAGGAGGAAUGGCCCCAGGAAGAUGCUCUGACAGAGAAAAGUGCCAAGAAGGAGAUUCUGCGGUGGAGUCAUACCUUGUUGCUCAUAAUAUUCUGAGGUCUCACGCUUCUGCUGUUGCGUCUUACAGAGCCAACCACCAGAAGCAGCAGCAAGGCCGCGUUGGCAUCACACUUGACUCGCAGUUUUACUUCCCUGUUGAUCAGUCAGAGGAGAACACUACAGCAGCAAACCGAGCUCUUGAGUUCUCAUAUGGAUGGUUCGCUGACCCGGUUUACUAUGGAGACUACCCACAGUCCAUGAGAACUCUCGUUGGUGACCGGCUACCACAGUUCUCAGCUGCCGAAAGGCAACAGCUCAUUGGUUCGGCAGACUUCUUUGGGCUCAACUUCUACACUGCGUUGUAUGUAUGGCAAGGUUCUGCCACCUCUCCUGGGACAGCUUGGAGUGACAGCCAAGUGGUGACGUCAAGCAUCAACCCCCUGACUGGUCAAGAAAUUGGUGCAUCAACUGGCUCAUUUUGGCUGAAGGUGGUUCCCGAAGGCAUGUAUGGAAUGUUGAUGUGGAUCACAAAGCGUUACAACGGGUUUCCGAUUAUGAUCACUGAGAACGGCUCGAGUGAUGUCAAUGACCCUGCAAUUCCGCUGGAGACUGCUCUUUGUGACAACCAGCGCCUCAACUUCUACAGGGACUACCUCAGCAACGUCCUCAAGGCCAAAGGGGAUGGAGCAAAUGUUCAGGGGUACUAUGCGUGGUCUCUACUGGACAAUUGGGAAUGGGCCCGUGGCUUCUUGGAGCGAUUCGGCAUUGUCUUUGUAGACUACUCUAAUCCAUAUCUUCCCCGGUAUCCCAAGGCAUCAGCGUUUUGGUGGCAGAAAUUUCUUAACACUUGAGCCAAGCCCUAGAAUGGAAGCCUGGAAGUCUCUGGAAGAGCUUCUACCCUGUUGACUAGUUGAUCCUAGUGACGUGUGCCGAUUUGUAUUGCCAGUGUUGCAAUAAGGACGCCCAUUUAAUGUAGACA